AUGCCAAAAGCCUGUGCUGCAUGGAUCUUGCACAUUGCCUUGGGACAAGCGACAUCGGCUUCCAACGUGGCGGAAUCUCCAUUGAGCCUCACACAGCUUCAACCGCAUGGGGAUUUUGUGCAGUCGCCGCUUCGCCCGGUUCGCUUUUCCUUUGCUCCCAUCAUUGGGCAAAGGCGCGGUGUGGUCAUGAAAGGCUUCUGGCUACAAGUGCUUCGCCGUGGGUUGGAAGUUUUCAAUCGUAGCUUCGCUACUGAGCUUCCGGUUGCGGAAGUGCCACUUCCACCAGGAAGGUAUCAUUGGCAGGUGCAAUGGUUCAGCACUCGUGGUGAGGUAUCUGCAGUCGCAUCUUCAAAGGUCGUGGUUGCCGACCAAGAUGAUAUUUGGACGGGAAUUCCUUGGAUGGGGGCGAACGAUACGAACGAGUAUGAGUCAGAAAUUUCCAACCUCAAUGUGAGCAAGCAGGAUGAGGUGGAGCUAUUGGUGGCAACAUUGGGCUUUGGCUACGUGCAGAUCAACGGGCAGGAAGUGUCACAGGACAUCCUAUCAUAUUCGGGAUGGACACGGACCGAUCGGCGUGUUCUCUAUCGAACGUAUGACGUAUCCCAGUUGCUGAAUGCAACUUCUGGUGGGCAUUUGUUGGUGGCUCUUGGAUGUGGGUACAGGUGUGAUGCGCAUGGGAGAUUUCCAGCAUACAAGGACCAAGCCCACCGUUCGCUGGAUAGCAUCGCGAAGGUUUUUCGGCUCCAGCUGCGAGUAAACGGGCAAACUGUCUUCCACACCGGCACGCCAAAGGCCUGGCGCCGACGCCGGGGCGCGGUGAUACAGGACUCUGUGUAUGAUGGUGAAGUAUAUGCUCCUCAGGCCGUUGGCCCCUGGAUGCCUUCGGUGGCUCUUCCCCAGGGUCAUGGACCAAGUGGUGCCAUGGUGGCGGCAUCCUUUCCUGGGGUUAAGGUGACCCGGGUUGAUCAUCCCGUGUCCAUCUCGCGUCCAGCCGAGGAUGUUUAUGUGGUUGACUUCGGAUCAAACGUUGCCGGGGUUUGCGAAAUAUCUGUGCCGGGAGCAGCGACUGUGUCCCUCAAGCAUGGUGAAGUGCUGCAGCAUGCUGCCAUGCCCUCGAAGAAAGUGGAUCCGUCGCGUGUGUACUUCGGCAAUCUGCGGUCUGCGGCUGCGAACGACACGCUGGUAUUGGUGAUGAACACGGCGCUCGCAGAUCAGGUCAAUGUGACCCUUGAGGACGAAGUCCUUCAGGCGAUCCACACAGGCUCCAAGGGAGUUCAGAGGUCGAACUUGAUGCAGGUGCCAACUGACUGCCCUCAACGGGAUGAGCGACUUGGUUGGAUGGGCGAUGCGUCGCUGUCUGCCGCAUCAUUCAUGGCUCACUGGAAGUACAAAGAUAUGGUGUCCUCGUUCUUGGACUCCAUGGUGGAUGAGUUGGGGGCGGAUGGGUCGUUGCCGGAUGUGGUUCCCUACCAACGCUUCGGAGGGCGGCCAGCUGAUCUCUCCUGGAGCGCAGCCUUUUUGGAGAACCUGUGGACCAUUUGGAAGAGUGACGGUGACCUGAAGCCUGCUGAGAAACACUGGCAGAGCGUGAAGGCCCAUGUGAACAGCCUUCGUGCCACCUACACUGCAGCAGGAAACGUCACGAAGCUGCCGCAAUCCUAUGGCGACUGGUGCCCUCCUCCCAGGACCCCAGGUGGCAAAGUGACCGAGACGCCUCCAAAGGGCUUCACUUCUGCGGCUUCCAUGCUUCGGACUGUGCAGCAAGCCGCAGAGCUGGGCACCGCACUGGGAGAGGAAGAUGCUAAGUGGAUGCGAGACUGGCACCAGAAAUUGCUGCAAGAGUUCCAUGCAGGCUACUACAAUCCUAGCAACCAGACCUAUGCGAAUGGCGUGAUGGCAAGCUACGUGCUUCCUUUGGCACUUGGAGCUGUUCCGACUUCGGAGAUCAAGGCAGUGUCAGACGGGCUUCUGAGGUACAUAGCGGAGAAUGGCAACACAUGGACUGGGGGCAUAAUUACUGUGCGCUUCCUCUUUGACGUGCUGCAUGACAUUGGGGCUGCUGCUACUGCCCUCUCCAUGUUGCAGAAGAAGGACUAUCCGUCCUUUGGCUACAUGUACUUCAAUGAGUACGAGCCGGCCAACGAAAGCAUGUGGGAAGUGCCUGAUGCGCCUUACUGCGGCCCGGGCAUGAACUCCAGGGCUCACCACAUGUAUUCCUCGGUGGGCCACUACUUGACCACGCGGGUGGCAGGCAUUUCGCUGUCUGGCGGCCACCACGUGAAAAUGGCAGUGGGCCAACUUGAUGGAGUGAGGGCUUCGCACGGCACAGACUUUGGAACUGUUCACUUCGGCUGGACCAGGAAUCCAGAGUUGAAGGUUGAGGUAUUUGUUCCAGUUGGUAUCGUGGCCGAGCUUUACAUUCCUCUGAGGGACGGCCGUAUGAAGCUUCUCUGCAAUGAGAAACUGGAAGGAAGUUCCUGCGAUGUAGGUGUGGAUUUCAGUUUUGAAGAGAGCUCUCAGAGCUUUCGCUUUUUGGUACCCUCUGGUGCCCAUACAUUGGUUGCUGAGCGCAGUUGGCCGGCACCAAUGGGACAACUGGGCAAGUUCAUUGUAUAG